GUCAUGGUAGAGAUACUUUAGUUUUGGAUAAAUUAGUUUAGUCUGCGCAUUUAGGAGACAACUUUUUCUCUAAUAGAAAAAAAGUUUUACAUGCAAACUGAAAUUUUCUUGAAAAUUAACUGGGCAAGAGUCCUAACAAGUAUCGGAUGGUAUGAAAAAAAAAUUAUAGUCUGAAACUUAAUAAAAAAAAACUUAACACAAACAGAAAACCCAAAAAUGCUAAAAUUACGUCAUAACUUUAGUUCCGCCAAAUCCGGUAAUAGGAAUGCUCAAAUAUAAAAUAGAAAUAUUAAAUGAUUUUUGUAUUUCGAUAUAUGCGCCAACUCUUAAACGACUGUAAAACUACCUUGCGGUUAUCUAAUUAAAUCCACCAAAUCCGAUAAUAAAAACAGCUCAAUUAAUAGAUUUAAAAAUCAUCUGAUUUUUGCAUUAUGAUAUGUGCGCCAACUGUACUCUAAAACCACUAAAACUUGGCCAUGCUUUCUCUCAUUCAAAUCGAUUAUACAACAAGGAACUGCAAACUAAAAUACAGCAAAGAACUACAAGUAAGUUUCAUCUCUAUCGUUUACAAGUUUACUUAUUUUAAUCAUCCAUUUAAAAAAUUAAUCUUAAUUCGGAACUAAUAAAGUUAUUAUGCUUUUGACACAAGAAUAAACAUUAAGAUUAUAUUUUAGAAAUGAGCAGCCAAAAUACAGAAGGCGACGAAGAAGUUUCAGAAUUUUUUAGAAAUGUUCAAGAGAUAAGUGAAAAAGAAUUAUCCUCAUCGGAAGUAAUGGACAAACUAAAAACCUUGGAAGAUUCAGUUGGUCUUAUAUUACAACAACUUAAAAAAUUAGAAAAAUCAAACGGUAAGCAAAAAGCACCAACAGGAUCAAUAUCAACAGCACCCCUGGCAAAUAUUUCAGAAGCACCAACGGGAUCUGCAUCAAAAGCACCAUUGGCAGUUGUGUCAGCAGCACCCCUGGCAAAUAUUUCAGAAGCACCAACGGGAUCUGCAUCAAAAGCACCAUUGGCAGUUGUGUCAGGUAGUGGGUUUUGCAUACUUAUACAGCAGCACCCCUGGCAAAUAUUUCAGAAGCACCAACAGGAUCUGCAUCAAAAGCACCAUUGGCAGUUGUGUCAGCACCCCUUGCAGUUAUUUCAGAAGCACCAUUGGCAUCAGUGUCAGCAACACAUUCUUCAGUUGCAACAGCAUCUUGGGAGAGUUUCCUUUUAUAUCGCUCCCAGCACCCAGGCCCAUUAUCACAGAGGGCCUUCUUCCGGUGGUGCCAAUAUGGGGGAGAUGAUCCCUCCUUUAGAUGGAGGAGACAGACCCCAUAUGGGGCCACCGGUAGGAGGAGUGGUGCUGGGAGGCAGAAUGACCAAAGGUCAAACAUUAUGAAUUUUCAUCAG